CUGGGACUGAUGGGACUGUAUACAGGUACUAAUAGUAGACGCUUCGCCUCGCCUCGCCUCGCCUGGACUAUGGCGAACAGCAGAGAGGGUGAGAUUAGUGCGAAUUCAUGGCGAUAGAACAUCGACAAAUGAAUAAGUGCCGCGUUGGUUUAUCCCCGCAGUGUCACGGUGCAGCAGAAGUACAGUUUGAUCGAACAUGGCAUAAAGUACCUAGGUACCUAGUACAAGGACGAUUCCUCGACUAGACUGGACUGCCUCAUUGAAGUUCUCUACAAACCAUUCUGAAGCAUUGAUCGGCGGCGCCAAUCCACCAGAAACAAGAUAAGAUGGGUCCUAAAUUCAAGAAGCGGGCAAUGGAAACGGCAUCAACAUCAACGGCGACAUCAGGAUCAGGAGCAAGGUCAGUACCACCAGCAGCAAAAGCAACAACAUCGCCAGCAUCUCCAACUGUUUCUGGUCAACCAAAUCCAAAUCCUCGUGUGAUAUAUUGGUUCCGAACCGACCUUCGGCUGCACGAUUCACCUGGCCUCACGACGGCACUCUCGCUGGAUCCAUCGGCGCUCAUCCCAUUGUGGAUAUGGGACUCACACUACGUGGAGCGGUACGGCGGCUCAGCAUCCACGAACCGCUGGCGAUUUCUCCUCGAAAGCAUGGCGGACCUGUCUGCGUCGUUGGCGCGGCUGAACCCGAACCAGAAACUGCACGUGGUGCGCGGUGGCCCGCCGGCCAAGAUCAUACCCGUGUUGUUGAGAAAAUGGAAAAUCAAUGUCCUCGUCUUCGAGAAGGAUACCGAUGCCUAUGCCCGCGCCAGGGAUGAGCAAGUCACGCAACUUGCCGAGGCCAUGGGUGUCAAAGUGCUCUGUGUCCCUGGUGGGAGGACGCUGUUCGAUAGCGAUGACGUCGUGAGGGCCAAUGGUGGAAAGCCCACUUUGAGCAUGAACCAGUUCAUGAAGGCGGCGGGCAGGCUGGGGAGCUCCAGCUCGGGACGGGACGGUGAUAAGGGGAACAACUUGAAACCGAAUAGACCGCUCAAUGCGCCGGCGUGGUUGCCGGAUCCGUUGGCGGCAGAAGAAAUGAGUUUAGAGGGACUGGUUGAGGGAGAUAAUGAUGGGUUCAACAUCGUUGAUGACCAUUCUAGUCGGGACCGCAGGGGUUCUCCCGAUGGUGCAUUUCAGAGACGCCUUGAGACCCGUCCUACCAGUACUGCUGGUGAGGACGCGCAGGAUUGUUCUGCUGUUGGCUUGAUGGGGCCGAAUCGAGCGUUUUCAAUUCCUACGCUCCGGGAGAUAGGCAUCGAGGAGUCCGAUUCUGAACUGGAACCGGAACCCGACUUGGCUCCUGCAUCUACGAAAAGCACUCACUGUGAUACUUCCAGACCAAAUGCACGCUUUACCGUAGAUCCAACCUCGGCAUCUGCCCGCAACCUCUACCGCAAAGGCGGCGAAACCACGGGCCUCGCCCUCCUAGCCCACCAUAUCUCGGAUGAAACGUACAUUGCGACAUUUGAAAAGCCACUCACUGCACCUACGGCGUUCGACCCCCCGGCCACGACCAUGCUCAGUCCACACAUGCACUUCGGCAGCGUCUCGGUGCGACGGUUCUGGUGGGCUGUGCAGGACGUUCUGGAACAACGUCGCCGUCGAAGCCUCGAGAAUAAAAUCUCGCUGCCAAUCAGCCCCCAUCCAGUCAAUUUGCCGGGUCAGCUGUUGUUUCGCGAUAUGUAUUUCGCAGCAUAUGCGGCGGUGGGGGCGACAUUUGGUCAGGCAGUGGGCAACCCCGUGGCCAGGUUCGUGCCGUGGGACUUGCAGUCGGAGGCGAGCGGGAGUAGUCUUGCGACUUCUGAUCAGUUGAGCGGUCGUGAUCCCACCGCAACCUACAUGGUCAGUAAUCCCCAGGCCGAGGAAUAUUUCCGGCGCUGGAAGUACGGCUGUACAGGGUUUCCGUGGAUCGAUGCGCUUAUGCGCCAACUGCGACAAGAAGGCUGGAUCCACCACCUAGGCCGACACGCAGUUGCGAGCUUUCUCACACGCGGCGGGUGCUAUGUCUCGUGGGAAAGGGGCGCCGAGGUGUUUGAAGAGUGGUUGCUCGACCACGAAGUCGCGUGCAACGCGGGCAAUUGGAUGUGGUUGAGCUGCGUCGCCUUCUUCAGCCAGUUCCAUCGUGUCUAUUCUCCUGUCAGUUUCCCCAAGAAGUGGGACCCCGAGGGCAACUUUGUCCGGAGGUAUGUUCCUGAACUGACUGCGUUUGAUGCCAAGUAUAUCUAUGAGCCGUGGAAGGCGCCCGUCGUCGAUCAGAAGAGGUGGCGCUGUUUGGUGAAAGGGGUAGGAGAGGGCGUUGAGUGGUAUGUGGAGCAUGGGGGCAAGAAAUACAACAAGAUGAUGCAUGCGAUUAGGGAUGAUGUGGUAGGUGAUGGUGAAACAAGUGGUGGUAGGAAGGGUGUCGGUGCUGUUGUCGAUGACGGGAGGCGGUCUCCACCUCCAAAGGACGGUCCCAGCACAUUCAGAUUGUAUCCAAAACCAAUGUUCGAUUUCAACGAGCGUAGACAGUUCUGCAUCGACAAGAUGAAGCAGGCUUAUGAUAUUGGCCUGUAUGGGGAUGACAAGAGGGUGCUAAGUGGAAAGUGGAAGACGUUGUUUGGAAUCGAGGAUCAGCUGAAUAACGGGGGGCACAGCUCACCACAGCAAAAGAGAAAGAAGGCGAUGGACGAGGCCCAUGGCCCGAUUGAGGGCAUGUUCUCGAAAGCUGAAGCAAAAAGAGCCACGGUCUUGGCCCAGAAUACAAGCAUCGGUACAGGAUCAGGGACAGAUCCCAGUUCUAUCAAGACCCUGGCCAAGGAUGACCUGUCUGAAAGUGAGCUUCGAGGAAAAUAUCAACAACCUCCGCCUCCAUCCGGGCCUCUGUACCCCAAAAGGAACCGCGAGCAGGCGAAUUUGGGUUCGCGAUCAGAUCUGCCUGGCGAUUUGGAGUCCUGUAAGAAGCCUGCUGGCUCAGACUCUGUCAAGGUUCGCGGCAUCAAGCGUCGAAGAAGCGAAGCCAGCCGCAAACCCGGAAUAGCCGAGCGUCCUGCAGCUGCCGAUGAGGUUGCCAACCAUGACGCGGACACGAUGUCCAGGUUCGAUGAAGCAGACAGAGAGCAUCACUGUGGUGACGACCAGACAGGGACCCACAAGAGCACAGCAGCUCGACCAGGGCUGAGCACGCCGACAAGGCCCACAAAGCGCACUGCUCAUGUGCCAAAGCAACAAACUCUGGAUACCGUGGUCGCCAGGUUGAGGUCAAGACAGAUAUAACGAAACUUUGCCAACGACGAGCGUAAAGUGUUUGACUCCUCUCUUGCAGAAAUAUAGUACUGUUGGCUGUGCCCGGCUUCAAGCCGAAGACGGUCUGUAGCCUCCAAGAGAAAGAUAACCUUGCGAAAGUGAAUUCAAGCUUCUGUACGGAUGACGACGCGAAGAGAUUUUGCCAUAAGAUAUGGGAGCUUCAAGGCUCAUCCCUUGUCAAGUACACACAUCCUAUGGCAGUCCGCGUUGUCCUCGUGUCAACGCAAUACGGAGGUCCAUGGUAGAUAGGAAUGAUCGAUUCCAUGCUACCGACGG